AUGGUCGAUAUUUUCAGUAACACUCGCAAUACGCAGAUUCAUGGCGCAAACAUAAUUACAAAUGUUACCAACUACGCUACUGGUUCUCCAAAAGGCCUCGAUCUCCUUCGCGCACACAUCGCUCCAGCAGCCUUAUUCGAUGCACGGGAGUCUGUAGCGUCACCUCGGUGCCAUCCCAAUACAAGGAAGGCGAUCAUCAAGAACAUCAUGGAUUGGAUAUCUGGGGGUGGGAACCAUGGUGCGGGCAUGUUCUGGAUGUACGGUGCGGCGGGAUCUGGGAAGACUGCCCUGGGACAAUCGAUAGCUGGUCUCUGCCACCAAGAAAGGCGCCUAAUCGCUUCUUUUUUCUUUUCUGGACUAUCAGUGGAAGAAGUGACGGAUCCAAGCUCAUACCAGCCAUAG